AUGGAAGGGAAAACCUCGCCGACCACGGCAUCGCCCAGCAGCGUCCCUCCCAGCCUCCAUGCCUCUGCGGCCAGCAGCAUCUUCAGCAUCCGACCUCCGCAGCCUCGAGAAAACGUCCUUGGCAUUAGCUUCAAGCCCUACAGCCCAGAUUCCGGCCCGGCCCCGGCCCCCUGCACGACCUGUGAGAGCACACGAUCCUCGAUGUUCAGAGCUCCCUGCAUGAGCCAGCGGCGGCUUGCGCUCAUCUUCUGUGUCUCCAUCCUCAUCGUGCUGCUCGUCGCCCUCAUCCUGCUGUUUAUGUUCUGGCGGUCGCAAACCGGCAUCGUGUACAAGGAGCCCGCCGAGAGCUGCAAGGACAGCCCCGUGCGCUGCAACGGCGUCGUCGACUGCUCGCAGAGGAGCGACGAGCUAGGCUGCGUGCGGUUUGGGGCCGACCAGUCCCUGCUCCACAUCUACUCCAGCACCGAGAGCCAGUGGCUGCCGGUGUGCAGCAGCGCCUGGAACGAGUCCUUCUCCAGAAAGACGUGCCGGCAGCUGGGCUUUCAGAACGCAUCGCAGACAGAAUACAUCCCCCUGCACGUCGCCGGCAAGAGCCUCACGGUGUCGAACGAGCGCGACACCAUCCAGCAGAGCCUCAACAGCUCCCAGUGUCUCACGGGAAAGUACGUCUCCCUGCGAUGCACAAGUAAGCGGGCUGGCCGGCCAGGCGCACGGACAAGGGCAGCCUGCGGGCAGAGGAUUUUGGGCCGGAUCAUCGGAGGGAAGGAAACCUCGGUGAGCAAGUGGCCCUGGCAGGUCAGCGUGCAGUACGGGCCCAUCCACAUCUGCGGCGGCACCAUCAUCGGCGCGCAGUGGGUGCUCACGGCAGCGCACUGCUUCUUCAUGAACAGCAUGAAGAUCCUGGACGACUGGAAGGUGUACGGGGGGGUCUCGGACCUCAAGCAGCACACAGAGGGCAUCCCCGUCUCCCAGGUCAUCAUCAACUCCAACUACAGCGACGACCACGAUGACUACGACAUCGCUCUCAUGAAGCUCUCCCGGCCGCUGACGCUCUCAGCUCAGGUGCGCCCGGCCUGCCUCCCCAUGCACGGCCAGCGAUUCCAGACAGGCAGGUCCUGCUUCAUCACUGGCUUCGGGAAGACCAGGGAGAACGAAGAAAACACCUCCCCGAAGCUGCGGGAGGCCGAGGUGAAGCUCAUUGACUACAAGAUCUGCAACAGCGACAAGGUGUACGAGGGCUACCUGACCCCACGGAUGAUGUGCGCUGGGUACCUGCAGGGGGGGAAGGAUGCGUGCCAGGGUGACAGCGGAGGGCCCCUGGUCUGCGAGGACAACGGCCGCUGGUACGUGGCCGGGGUGACGAGCUGGGGUACGGGAUGCGGCCAGAGGAACAAGCCUGGGGUCUACACACGUGUGACAAAGCUCCUCAGCUGGAUAUACAGCAAAAUGGAGAGCGAGAACGACUAAGGCUGGGCUGGAACCUGCACGGCUGCGCCGGCUGGCACCGGCCCCCUCACUUUGCUGCCGCCAGGGCGAGACAUGCCAGCAGCUGUGUGCCCCCACAUCUCCGGACUGCCCUCGCUGCUGGGGACCUGCCACUGCCCAGACUGAAACUGCGGCACCUCCAGAGUGCCCCUGCCCUGCCUGGGGCAAGGGAGAUGGCUGGAGGUGGCCGGCGGUGGCUCUGCCUGGUGCUGCCGGUGCUGGAUGUGCCAGCUCCGAGCCACCUUGCCCGGCACCUGCGGCUCCUGUCCUGUAAAAAUAGAAGUGUCCGCACUGCGGUGCCACGUAAAUGCUCACCAGCAGGACAGGGGCAUGGCCAGCGGCCGAGGGGCUGCUGCCCACCCACGCGGAGGAGGAUGUGGAUGCAAAGCAGGAGCAGGAAAGCCGCAGGGUGCCUGUGGCAAGGGAGCCCCUUCCUCUGCACGCUGCGGGGACAGCUGAGCAGGGAGCCCCCAGGCGCAGCUAUGGCAUCUGCUGGGGGGAGCGGUGGUCGCUCCCACAUGUGCAGAUAGGCUUAGGAAGCGCCUUUUAAAUGAAGUUCCUCCCCGUCAGAUAAAAGCCCAUAUAUUUAUUUUUCUAUGCUGUGGAAAUGGUCUGUGCAAGCACUCCUGGAACUGCGUGCAGCUGCUCUUGGGUCCCCACUGUCUGAAAAGGAUUUCGGCAGAGCGAGGGGCAGGCCCGUGGUCCCAGGUAGCUGCGGCGACAGAAGCCAAAGCCCGAGGUGGAGCAUGAAGGAAAGCAGCCCCCCUUCCAGUUGUGGCAUCUCCCAGCUGCUGGCUCAGUAACUGGUGCCGGAUUUCUUCAUCUAACCUGCUGAGGACCCGGGGAUGGUGUAGCCUACCUGGCCUGGGGCCACGCUGCACUGUGUCCCCAAAGGAAACAUCCAUGCUCAGCCUGUGCCUCAGAGCAGAUGUUUUGAGGCAUGCACCUGUGGAUGGACAGAUGGAUAGAUGCAUGGAUGGAAGGAAGCUCCUCCAGUGCGUGGUCGGCUGCGGAGGUCCCUCGUGUACCCGGCUGCCCCGCACUGCUCUCAAUAAACGUUUCGGUAGUGCUCCAUGCAGAUGGCUCUUUGGGACCUGCUGAGGGAAGCUGCUGGGCCCAGACCCAGGCUCGGGCCGUGCUGUGUGGCUCCAGGACUGCCCCCUCCUCCUGGCUCGCUGGGCUCCAGCAGCAAGGCCACGCGUGCAGCAGGGGGUGCAGUGAGGACGGAGCAAGGAAGGGGCUUGAGACACGUGCUGCCACGCAGUGCAUGUGCAGGGAGCUCAGCACCCAUUGCAUGCUGGCUCCUGGAUUUUUUUUCAUGGAGGUGCAGGUGAUGGAGCAGCAGGAGGGUCAGGGCUUGGGCAAACAUCUCCCUCUGAAGCAUCCCCAGCCAUGGGGGCUGCAGCUCUUUAUCACACAGGGAUCAGCGGCACCGCCUUUGAAACAGCCUGGACAGUAUCCGUCCCAGCACCCUGCCUCUGCCCCUCGGAGCUGCUGCUUCCUUCCCUGGUGGCCGGUGGGUGGGCAGGGGGGAGCCGACCCGGGGCAGAGGGCUCAGCACCGCAGCACGCAGCACAUCCUGUGGAGGAGGUGCAGAAAUCAGCUCCCCAGUGAUGUGAACGCAGGACUUCCCUGGGCCAGGCAGCCACUUUCUGACCCGUUUCUCCCCCAGCUGGCCCAGAGGGGCGCCUGGCUGACCCUUGGUGCUGCGGGGGGGGCUCCUUGCACACCACAGAUGGCCACCUCCGGCCUUGCACGGCCGUGGGAGGUGCAGGCAAUACCUGCCAAGCAAAGCCGAGAAGCUGCUGCAGUGCGUGGGCAGCCGCAGGCGCGUCCCUGUCCCCUCCUCGCUUCCCGGGAGCGCCCGCAGCUUCCCAGAACGCCCGCCCACCGGGGACAAGGCUGCUGGCACGCCGAGGGCUGUGGUUUGCAGUUGAAUUUUGGGAUAACUGAUUUAAGUCUGGCUCUGUGUGUGCAGAGAGCACCUACCUCCCCCUGGCCCCGGAGCCGGCCCCAGCGGGCCGGGCGGCGCUUAGUGGCGGCUCUCGCCCCGCGCCCAGACAAUGCGAGCUGUUGCCUUUUGGGAAGCCCUGAGUCAGCCUGACCUCAAACAGCUUUUCAAAGAAGCAACGCAGAAACCUCCCACAACGUGCUCUGAGGCCGCUUUGAAGGCGCGGAGGCCAAGGGAAGGUUUUUGGCUCACUUUACAGUGGCCCUGCAGUUCAGCAAGCGCAGGGAGGGGACCUGCUGCAGCUCGGGGCAGGGAGGGAUUUGUUCCUGUGGACGUGGAGCCGGACCAGCAGCCUUGCUCUGACAGCUGCUGCUGGUAGAAUAGCACUGAAAACCACGGCUAAAAAUGGGAACGUGAAGAAGAGCCAAGGGCCAACGUGCCGCAGCGGCCAUGGGGCGCUGGGCUGUACAGGGCAGAGCUGGCAGCCCCACGGUGCUGGGCUGGCACCAGGCUGGGUGCAUCGGCAGCGCUGCUCCGUGCCUCCUGCUUGUGUCCCUGGGGACAGGAGGUGCCAAGGGGCAGCAGGGCUCUGGCUCCUGUGCACCGAGCAGCCCGUUUGCUGAUGGUUACGGCCAGCUGCUCCGCGUGCGGGCUAGGGAAGGCAAUGAUUUUUACCAGAACGAAGGCAGCUGGGCUGGGAUACGGGCAGGGCCCCCGCACGGCUCCCCUGUUUUAUGCCGGUCUGAUUAAAUCGUGAGUUCCCUGGGAUUUGAGUUACAAGCGCCAGCUCACAUUUGUACAAAGGCUCUCCGGGAUCUCUGCGUUUCUGCUCGUAAAAGUCGCAGUGUGCAGCACAGAGCAGCAGCUCAUAAUGUUUUAUUGCUGUCUGAGAUGGCAUGUUGGAGAAACAGAUCUUCUGAAAGAGAAUAAAGCAAAAAUUGGAGCCCAAUAAGAGCUGAUCUUGCUGGAACUAUGUUCCUGGUAAUGGGGCCAUUUCGGUGCAUGGAGGACCCGCACCUCUGCUGAGGAUUUCACCUCCUCACAGGUUAUUACUCCUCCGCUCUCUGAAAUAGCCUCUCAAAGCAGAGAAGUGAUUGCAGACCCUAAUACAAAUUUAAUUUAUUUCUUCUAAACCUGACAUCCAGUGGUCUCUCCCGCCAGGCUCACAGAAAGCUGUGCUGUGUUUCCCCAGGGGCUGAAGUUUUCUAACCAGAUUAGAAGCGAUUAGUUUCUCGUGCAGCUGCCUGGCCGGGGGUUUUAUGCUCUGCUGUUCCCAUAGAAAACACGGUGCAGAUGCAGCAGAUGCCUCGGGCACAUCUUCCUCUCCGCUCCUGGAGCACCUGAGCAAACAGCUCCUGUUUUCCAUCGUCCAGCACAGCACGGGCAGGGCAGGAGCUGGGCCAGGACCGGCUGGGUGAGACAUUUCUCCCUCUCCCUGCCCGGAGCCCCUCGCACUGUUCCUCACCGAGCACCCUGCCAGGAGAAGGAUUUGCUCUCUGCUGUGGCUCAUCUCUUGCACCAAACAAUUUUUUCCAUAUAUCCGGUUUGUCAGGAGCUGAGGGCGGACAUCUCAGUGGGGUUUGGGAUAAUCCGGUGCAUUUUGAUGGUGGUUGUCUGCACAGCCCCAGCUUCGGCGCUGCUCUCAGCAAGCCCUGUCUGUGGGGGGAUGCUCGCGGUGGGCAAACACCUCCAGCAGGGCUGGGCCCUGCUCGCUCCUCUGCGUCUUCCGAUCCACAUCUGGCCGGGCUGUCUCCGUGUUCCUCCGUGCUCUGAAAAUCACAGGCCAGCAUCCCCAAGGAACAGAAAUUACAGAAAUGCAGUCUGACCGGCACCAUGUGAAUCACCGCCCAUUAGUGGUGUUUUUCCCAAACUCUCCUUUUAUAGCUCUCUGUUCGGUCGUGUCAAAGCUGAUUUGUUUAUAGGGUUUCAGAGAUGACGUUUCUCUCCAAAAAUGUUUUGUGGAGAAGAAUCUUCAGAUUGGUUCCCUCCUGCACUGGGUAACAUCACCGCUUGGCAUGGAGUCGCUGAACUUCAGCUUGUGCAAUCCCCAGGCUGGCUGUGCUCUGCUAGUGAGCGCGGACUUGAGAAGCUUUAAUAUCGUCUGCUGCUUUGUUGUUUCCUCCCAGGAUCACUCAGACCACAAGGAAUGGCUUAGGCCUAAUGCAGGAAGAUGCUAUUGGGUUAAAAGUAGCCAUAUGGCUCUGCACAACUUGGCACUGAGCACUGCUCCAGGCGUUCCUAUGCGAGCAGCCAUGGACGCGGCGCUGAUCGUCCUGUGCUCCCUGCUGGUGCCGGCGGCCAUGGCAGAUGUGGGCACCCAGGAGAAGGAGGA